AUGCCUCACGAAGUCGCCCCCCUAAGCUUACAGUCGCUUGCCGCACCUUUGGCGUCGGGGACCACCAAUAGUACCCACGAUCCCGAAUCCGAAAAACAACUCUCUGUCCAACCGGAAGCUGAGCAAAGUACCAUAGAGAACCCAGACAAAAAGAAGACGUCGAUCUAUGCUGGUCUCGGCUGGCUAGAUCGCCUACUCGUGCUUUGGAUUCUGCUCGCGAUUGUAAUAGGCAUCUUGCUAGGAAAUUUUAUCGACAGUGUCGGCCCUGCUCUGCAGAGGGGAAAGUUUGUCGAUGUUUCCGUUCCGAUCGCGGUGGGGCUCCUCCUCAUGAUGUAUCCCAUACUGUGCAAGGUCCAGUACGAGACGUUGCAUCAGGUCUUCGCCCAUCGGGUGAUCUGGGUACAGCUAGGAUUCAGCAUCAUUGUGAACUGGAUUAUUGCUCCCUUAUUGAUGCUCGGUCUUGCUUGGGCGUUUCUGCCUGACAAGUCUGGCCUCAGAAACGGACUCAUAUUUGUCGGCCUGGCUCGCUGCAUUGCAAUGGUGUUGAUUUGGACAGGAUUGGCUGGUGGAGACCAGCAGUACUGUGCCAUAUUGGUCGCUGUCAACUCUCUCCUGCAAAUGGUACUCUACGCGCCACUGGCCAUUCUCUUUGUCAAUAUCAUUAGCCAUGGAGGUGGCAGCGCGGUCUCAUAUGCCAUCGUUGCGCGCAGCGUGGGCGUCUUUCUUGGCAUUCCUCUGGGCGCUGCCAUCAUCACGCGACUCUCUCUUCGUGCAAUCAACUCGCGAUGGUACGAACAAACCUUCAUCAAGUGGAUUUCGCCGUGGUCACUCAUUGGAUUGCUCUACACCAUUCUGGUCCUGUUCGCAUCGCAAGGCAAACAGGUCGUCCACCAAAUCGUCUCUGUCCUCAGAGUGGCCGCUCCUCUGUUCUGCUAUUUCGUCAUCAUUUUCUUCAUUACACUGCUGAUCACAAAACGGCUGGGAUUUGGUUACAAGUUAGCAGCUACUCAAAGCUUCACCGCUGCCAGCAACAAUUUUGAGCUGGCGAUUGCCGUCGCCGUUGCCACAUUUGGGGUAGAUAGUGACGAGGCCCUCGCAAGCACAGUUGGCCCGUUGAUUGAAGUACCUGUCCUUGUACUUCUUGUAUAUGUUGUCAAGUGGGUGGCAGGGCGUUGGGGUUGGAAAGAUUGA